CUUGGGAUUAUGAUAAUAUAUAUAUACACUUGAAUGUAUUAUGUGACACUGCUUCAAAGUAAUGCAAAUGUUAAAAGUAAUAUAAAAUUUUGUUGGAGAUGAAGAAUAUUUUUUUGUAAAGAUAAGUUAAUCUUUGAUUUAAGUUGUGUGACUCAGACUCUUACGGUUUGGAUAUUUUUCACGACAAAAAUAUCUCUAACCCAAGUUCCAAACAGAGUUUUGGUUUCUCUCUCUUGCAAAGACGGAAGAAUGGCUGCGUCGCUGCCGUCUCUUUCCUCCGCCGUCACUGAAGCUGUCUCCUCCGCUCCGCCGCCGUUACUCAGCCGCCGGAGCCUUCACAACCGCCGUCUUCUUCCUCCGCAUGCGACGCCACUCCGAUCUCCUAUGAAACAUGUUGCGAGCUCUUCCAUGAAGAAGUCUGCCUUUCACGUCUCUGACGGCGCCGUUAACGUAGACGCGGAAGUAGAGGAAGAGGCGUGCGAACUCGUUAACGGAGUGGAGCUAUCGAUAGACGGCGUCGAGGCUUACUUGUUGAGAGCCGUCAAGAACAACAACAGAACUGGUUUGCUUCUUUUGUCUGAUAUCUUCGGCUUCCAAGAUUCUUCCACUCGUGACUUCGCUUAUCGCAUCGCCUGCAACGGCUACAAUGUUCUUGUCCCGGACUUGUUCUGCGGGGAUCCAUGGACCAAGAACCGACCAAGAUCCACAUUCGAACAAUGGAGAGAGCUGCAAGAUCCGAACAGAAUCCAACAAGACAUAACAGCUUGCACAAAAUGGAUGGUUGAUGAAUUCGCAGCCGCCGGAAUCUCCAACAAGCUCGGACUGAUCGGAUUCUGCUUCGGCGGCGGUCGCGUUGUCGAUGUCUUGGCGAGCGAUCAAUACGCUUUUUUCAGCACCGGCGUUUCGUUCUACGGGACCAGGAUGGACUUGGCGGCGGCCGAAAACGUUAAAGUACCUGUCUUGUUCGUUACCGGAGACAGAGACCCGCUUUGUGAAGUAGAGGGUUUGUACGAGAUGGAGAGGAAGAUCGGGAAAGGGUCAAAAACCGUGGUGUUCGAAGGAAGAGGCCACGGCUUCGUUCACCGGCCGGAGACGCCGGAGGAUGACAGAGAUGCGGAGGAGGCGUUCGCCGUCAUGAGGAAUUGGUUACAUGAGAAGUUGCUUUGCCUUGUUAAUAACGAAUGACCAUUGCUUAUUGGGCCUGAAAUGGGCCUAUCUCUUGGGCCUGAACAAUGGGCCUUAGUGUUAGGUCUAUGUAUAUGUAAGCGUGUAUAACAUUCUUCCAUAAAGAUUCCCAGCUAAAUUUUAAAAUGCUUAGGCCAACA